AUGGCGGAGGAGCGCGUGCAGGCUCUCGAGCAGCAGAUGAUAGCGCUGGCCCAGGAGCUGCAGAACCGCCAGCAGAGGGAGAACGAUCUCACGGCCGAGGUGCAGCGGCUCGGCCGUGUGGCCGAGGCUAGACCACGGGUGGACGGGCCUAUGCCACAGCCUCGAGCCGAGUCGCUCGUGGACACCCGCACGCUGGGCAAGCCAGACGUGUUCACGGGCGAAGAGCACAAGUGGAACGAUUGGAAGGUGAUCUUCAAGGCGUACUGUGGCGUCGUGAACGCCGACUUGCUGGCAGGGAUGCGACUGGCAGAGAGCGCUGACGAGGCCUCAGUUCAGAACGAUGACUUCCUCGAGGAGAACAUGAGGCAGGCCUCGCAGCAGCUGUGUUACAUCUUGCUCCUCCUCUGCCGGCAGCAUCCCCUGACGACGAUCGUGAAUGCUGGCGAGAAUGAGGGCUUCCAGGCUCGGCGCAAGCUGGUUGAAUAUUACGAACCGAAUGCGAGGUCCCGCAUCGCGGGGCAGCUGCUGCAUCUCCUGAACUUCUCGUUCACUGGCGAUGUCGAGGACCGGCUGGGGCUGUUCGAGCGAGAGCUCCUCAGGUACGAGCAGAGGAGCGGCGAGGCCAUCACAGCCUCCAUGAGGAUCGGCAUCGUCCUUCGGCUACGCCAGAACCUCUUGCUCAAUGCGACCAGGCUGGUGGAGCGGCAGGACUUCCGACGUGAGGUCACCGACAUCCGCCGUGCCCAGAGCGCCAUCGCCCCGGUGCCCGUGCCCAUGGACCUGAGCGCGUUCACCAAGGGUGACGGCAUGGGCAGGUUCAAGGGCGACAGCAAGGGCAAGAGCAAGUCCAGUGGCAAGGGCAAGAGCAAGGGCGACAGCAAGGGCAAGUCCAAGUCCGACGGCAAGAGCAAGACCAGCAGCAAGUCACAUGGUCAGCAGCUCGGGCCACUCUGCUGGGGCUGCGGCGGCCGCGGCCGCACUCAGCGUGAAUGCCCGAGCCAGCACAGGGGGGCGUUGGCGAGCAUGGAGCAGACGCUGGCUCGCAUCAACGCCUCCCAGUCGACGAGUACGACCGUACCAUUGGCGGCCAGCUCAAUCUCGACGGCUGCGACUACGAGGCUGAGUCCGGCGACGGCGAUGUCCGGCGCGAGCUCUCGACAGGUCGCAGCGCUCUACCUGAACGACGCGGGCGAGCAGGUCAGCUACCCGUUCGCGAACCUCCACUCCCUCAGCAUCUACGACCCGGGGCCGGACAAGGCGGACGUGGUCGACUCUGCGACCGGCGCGGCCCUGGACCUGAACAUGAUCCACGGCAACUCGGAUGCGGAGGAGGUCGAGCUCAACGGCAUCUUGCGCGUGGGCGUCGACUCGUGUGCGGCGGCAUCGGUGCUGCCGCGUGGCUCGUGCACGGGCUACCCGGUGCACGAGGGCGGCCAGGCGAUCUCGUGCAAGGCCGCAUCUGGCCACUACGUGAACGACGAGGGCGAGAAGAUCCUCGUGGGGGCGAUGCCUGGGGCUUCUCAGGCACGCGCUGCCAAGUUCAGGGUGGCGGACAUCAGCAAGCCGUUGCUGAGCGUCGCGGAGAUGGUCGACUCUGGCCAUCGGCUCGUCUUCGACUCGGAGGGCGGGCAGGACAUUAGCUACGCGUGCCACAAGACCAGCGGAGACGUUGUUAGGUUCUGCCGCAGGAAUAAGGUCUACGAGAUGGAUGUGCACGUCGACCCGUACGUGCCGGAGGUCUGCCCGGUCGAGGUGGCAGGCCACGAGCCUCCCGAGGGUGAAGCCGGCCAGCCAGGCGCGGCUCACGAGGAGGUCGCCGAGGGCCCGCCGGCACGGCCAGCGAGGGGGCCCGCAGCGCCGACGGCGGCCGAGCGAGCCGCGCACGAGGUGCUGCACGAGCCCUACAGGGCAUGGUGCCGGGAGUGCGUCUCCGACAGAGGCCUGUCAGCAGGCCAUCAGACGAAGGACCACCAGGAGUCGGCGUUCGCGGUGGUUGGCAUCGACUACGGCUACCUCGGUGAACGAGAGGACGCCACGCCGCUGCUGAUCGGGAAAGAUUCGAAGCAGCGUUGGUUCCACGCGUCGGUGGUGCCAGCUAAGGGGACGCAGCAUCCCUGGCCGGCAAAGUCGUGGUCCAGGAGGCUGGCAUCGGCUGGCCACAAGCGCUUCGUCUUCCGCUCAGACGGCGAGGCGCCGCUCGUCGCCCUGAAGACCCGCAUCGGGGCCAAGCUCAAGGAGGAGUGCGGCAUCGAGAAUGUGCCCGAGGAGAGCGCGGUCGGCAACUCUCAGGGCAACGGCCUGGCCGAGCACGCGGUGCGCGAGGUCAAGGCCAAGGUGAGGACGGUGCGGGCGCAGGUGGACGACCUCCACGGCGUGAGCAUUGGCGUCGAGCACCCAGUGACCCCGUGGAUGGCGGGGAAGCGCAAGGCUGGGAUCGAGGACAAGUUCCUCGCUGGGCUCUACCUGGGGCCCACGCUUCGGACGGACGAGGUCUACAUUGGCACGCAGUUGGGCGCGCUACGGGCCGGGGCCUUCAAGCGGUUGACGGUCGAGCAGCGGGCCGACAAGGACCUGCUGAACAGCCUCGUGGGGAAGCCGUGGGCGCCUGUGCCGACGGACGUGGAGGUGGACGAGGUGCCGGUGGCCAUCGAGAUCCGAGCGCCGGUGCCAGCGCCGGUCGCGCCUUUGGGCGGACCUCUGGCGCCCAUCCCCGAGGCUGGGGACCUCCCGCCCCGGGCUCUCCGAGUCGGGCGACCACCUGCAGGACCGCGGGCCGUCUACAUCAGGAAGGACCUCGAGAUCGCGAAGUACGGGCUCUCCCCGGGCUGCUGCGGCUGCGCCGCGAUCCUCAGCGGCGCCCGGGCGCAGGCUCACUCAGCCGAGUGCCGCGCUCGGAUCGAGCAGGCGAUGCAGGACGACGACGAGGCACAGCAGAGGCUCGAGGAUGCCCGUGAGCGGAAGCGGCACUGCACUGACGUCGCCGGGCCUGUCUAUCAAGAGGACGGCUCGUCAGGCAGUGGCGGUCCAGCCCCAGUUCAGCAGGUGCCGCCAGCGCCCGAGGCCGCGGCGGCGGCUGACGUGGCGAUGGCCGACGUGAUGGAGGUCUUCUGCCCGAAUAGGCUUGCGGGCUUUGCCCCCCUCUUCGGUCUGGUUCACGGCGGCUCGUUCGACCUGAGGUAUGGCUGGGACCUGACUGACCGCCAGCAGCAGCGACAGUGCCGGGAGCUGAUCUAG